AUGAGGUUGAUUUUCUUGCUGAUAUUGUUUUAUCGACAAAUUGAUUCGUAUGCGAUCAGUCGGGAUUUCAAGGAGUACCUGAUUGAUCGUUACGGUGAGGAGAUUGCUCGUUCGAUUUAUAGACCCGAGAUUUUUCGUGGAAGUGUCGGUGGAAAUGAUCACAUUGCUGAAGAACCGACAAACCGAAUCCCGGUCGUUUUUAUCCAUGGACUCGGCACAAAAGCUGGUGAUUAUGUAUCAAUUCAAAAAAUAUUCAAAGAAGCCGGCUAUAAACUAGAGGAAAUCUAUGCGUUAACCUGGGGCACGCCCGGCUCGUUUUUCACUGGAGUACAUUUAGAGUGCAAGCACGUGCUACAGAUCCGACGAUUCCUUGAAGCGGUCAGUGACUUCACCAACUCGAAAGUUGACAUUAUUGCCUAUUCGAUGGGUUCUCCAUUGACAAGAAAAGCAAUUCUUGGCGGACCUUGUGUGGACAAUCCCGAGAUCGAUCUCGGACCACCGAUCUCCGAUCGAAUUCAGACAUUCUUGGCGGUUGGCGGAGCUAAUUCGGGCUCUCAUCUCUGCCAAACGCCGACCACUUUAUUCUGCAAUGCCGUCACCGGACUCCAUUGCAACUCGACGUUUAUGCAAGACAUCAACUCUAGACGAAACUAUGAGGCUGCUGAAGUCUUCGCAAUCUACAAUCCACAAGAUGAAUGGAUUGGAGACAAAUCACCUUGCGGCACUCCACCGUACACUUUACCAGGAGCCGAUUUUCAUUUGUUUCCGCAAACUUUCCACGUUUCAAUUCUCUGGCGAUCGGCUAGAGAACAAUUGGCGCUGAUCACUAGAAAAUACGAAAUGGGAAAUCUUUUACAAGAUAUCAAGAAGCUGAGGAUGAGAUUGAUACCAAGUGCAAUUAGUGGAAAUCAUGUACAAGACAAUACUGUUGAUGAUCGAGAGUUUUUGGAGGAGUUGAGGAGAAGGAGGAGACGACUUCAAGAUCGAACCACUCGAAUCCAUCGUACAACAGAAAGUACUCGAAUCGCCGGCGAAGUUGCACAUCCAACAUCAACCAUCUCAAGCUCAAGUCCAGCGAGAACCGUUCGUCUAGUAGCUCUCCAAGAUGAUCCACUUCCUUUGAAUCCUCCAUCGAUCAGCUCAAAAUCUGUCAUUCUCCUCGCCAUUCAAUCACCACAAACAAGAAAUCGACGGACAUUUGGUGCAAAAACAUUUACCACCAAAGUC